AUGACGUCUUUUUUCCGCUCUCAAAAACGGUUUUUGUCCUCUGCAACGAAUCUCGUUCGUAAUAAUUGGACCCGUGAGGAAAUCCGUGAAAUUUAUAAAAAACCGCUUCUGAAUCUGGUUUACGACGCUGCGACUGUUCAUCGUCAAUUUCACGAUCCUUCUAAAAUUCAGCAAUGCACGCUUUUGUCUAUUAAGACAGGUGGUUGUACUGAGGAUUGCGGUUAUUGUGCCCAAUCUUCUCGCUACAGCACCGGUGUGAAGGCUACGCGUUUAAUGAAGAAAGAUGAGGUUUUAGAAAAAGCUAAGAUCGCCAAGGCCAAGGGCAGUACACGGUUUUGUAUGGGAAGCGCUUGGCGUGACUUGAAUGGUCGUACUCGUACCUUCAAAAACAUCUGUGAUAUCAUUAAGGGUGUCCGUGAGUUGGACAUGGAGGUCUGUGUCACUUUGGGAAUGCUGAACGAUCAGCAGGCGAAGGAGCUGAAAGAGGCCGGUUUGACUGCUUACAACCACAACGUGGACACCUCGCGUGAGUACUAUUCCAAAAUUAUUACCACACGUACUUACGACGACCGCUUGAACACACUUGGCAGCCUUCGUCAUGCAGGACUCAAAGUCUGCAGCGGUGGUAUUUUGGGUUUGGGUGAGAAGGAGGAAGACCGCAUUGGCCUCAUCCACACUCUUUCAACCCUGCCUUUGCAUCCCGAAUCUGUGCCUAUUAAUGCACUCGUUCCCAUCCCAGGAACACCCGUUGGUGAUAAGGUGAAGAAGCCCGUGAGAUUUACCGAUCUUUUGCGUACAGUCGCCACGGCACGUAUUUGCAUGCCCAAGUCUAUCAUUCGUUUCUCUGCCGGUCGGAUGCAGUACUCUGAGUCUGAGCAGGCAUUCACUUUCCUUGCAGGUGCCAACUCUGUGUUUACCGGUGACAAGAUGCUGACCACACCCGCUGUCACCUGGGACGAAGAUUCGCAGCUUUUCCACAAGUGGGGUCUUGAGGGACUGAAGAGUUUUGAGUAUGAAGACGGUUCUAGUGCACAAAACGAGGACAAGACAUUCACUCUUCCUCCCAAGCAACGUUUGGUUGAACAGGAGAAGCAAGCCGAAGCCGUCGCAACUGCGUAG